CCUUGUUCUUUUAUCUUUGACUCCACCCCUUCUCCUCACCCUCUCUCUCUCACACACACUAAACACACACUCUCCAACUUUCUCUCUCUACACCCCCCCUCAAAUCCCACUAUUUCUCCCCUGUUUUUUUUGCUUUAUUUACAUCAGACAAGUGUCUCAUCUUGUUUCAGAAAAACCCAGAAAUGAAAGAUCAGUUUUCACUGGUCAAACACUCCAUUGUUUCAAGAUCUUUCAAAUCUUGAUAUUCUGUUCAACUUCUUCUUCUUACAUAAAGAUCAUAAUCUUUUUCUUGUAAAGUUUGAAUCUUGAUUGUUGUUAUUCAUGGCUGGCAGUAAUGAAAUCAACGUGAAUGAAGCUAAGAAAGUGGUUCCUCUGCACACAUGGAUCUUGAUUUCCAACUUCAAGUUAGCCUACAACAUGCUCCGGCGACCGGACGGCACUUUCAACCGUGAACUAGCCGAAUUUCUCGACCGGAAAGUGGUCGCCAACACCGUCCCAGUCGACGGCGUUUACUCGUUCGACGUCAUCAUCGACCGAGCCACGGGUCUCCUCAACCGAAUUUACCGUUGCGCCCUACCGGAAACCGAACCGGGCCAUCACCCGGCAGCCGGAAUCUUGGACCUCGAAAACCCGCUAAGCAUGACCGAAAUCGUGCCUGUUGUGAUCUUCUUCCACGGCGGAAGCUUCACGCAUUCGUCGGCGAACAGCGCGAUUUACGACACGUUUUGUCGUCGUCUCACGGGCCUGAUCAAAGGCGUGGUGGUGUCGGUGAACUACCGUCGGUCACCGGAGCAUCGGUACCCGUGUGCUUAUGAAGAUGGGUGGGAAACACUACAAUGGGUUCAUUCAAGACCAUGGCUUUUGAGUGGUAAGGACCCUAAAGUUCAUGUUUAUUUAGCGGGCGAUAGCUCGGGCGGAAACAUAGCCCAUCACGUGGCGUUUCGGGCCGCUGAGGCCGGGGUCGAGGUGCUCGGGAACAUGUUAUUACACCCGUUGUUUGGUGGUGAAGAACGGACCGAAUCAGAGACCAAAUUAGAUGGGAAGUAUUUUGUUAGGGUUCAAGAUAGGGAUUGGUAUUGGCGCGCUUUCUUACCCGAGGGGGAAGACCGCGAUCACCCCGCGUGCAACAUAUUUGGGCCGCGCGGGGUUGAUCUCAAAGGGGUUAAGUUUCCGAAGAGCUUAGUCGUUGUGGCCGGAUUCGAUUUGGUUCAAGAUUGGCAAUUGAAGUAUGUUGAAGGGUUGGAAAAUGCAGGGCAAGAAGUGAAGUUAUUGUUCUUGAAGAAGGCUACUAUUGGGUUCUAUUUCUUGCCAAAUAAUGAGCAUUUCUACACGUUAAUGGAUGAGAUCAAAAGCUUUGUGAGCUCUUAAUAUUAACCUCUAUGUUCAUAGACCCCCCCCCCCCCCCCCAAAAAAAAAAAAAAAAAAAAAAAAUCUUAACUUUUCAACUAUAGAUGAAGACAUAUCUAACACAAAGCUUUUGACAUUUUUACUAUCCUAUUAUUAGUUUCCUUGCUUUUUUUAUAUGAAUCUUGUGCACUUUGUUGAUGUUUUAACAUGUGGAGUGGGAUGUCUCUACGACGAGGGUAAAAUGGUCAUUUCACCGGGUCGAUAGAGGUUUUAAAAAGGGGUUCUUGGCAAGAAUCCAUUGUGAAACUGGAUCAAAUCAAGGAAGAAAUCAAACUUUACUAAAGCAUGAAUGUUUGUAAGGUGGGCCUCUUUCUAGGGGCAUAAUGGUAAUUUUACUUGGUUUUAUUUGAUUAUUGGCAAGAAUUUCUAGUGAAUUUGAUCAAUGAAGUGAGAUGGUCAUUGAUAUCCUAAGAAGAUUAUGAAUGUUUGAAGUGAAAGAAGUCAUGUAUGUUUUAUUGGUGUUGAGAACCUUGUAAUGUUACUUUUAUUAUAACUAUUAGUAUUAGUAUUAUUGUUAUUAUAUAUACUUUUAGUUA